UCCUGAUUCUGUACUCAGGGAUCACUUCCGGUUGGCUCAGGGGACUUCAUGGGUACAUGGGAAUGAAAUCCAGUCGGCUAUAUGCAAGGCAAAAAUUUACCGCUGCAACGGCCACCAUGGGCAGCAAAACCUUGCCAGCACCGGUGCCCAUCCAUCCAUCCCUGCAGCUCACCAACUACUCCUUCCUUCAGGCAGUGAACGGACUGCCCGCAGUGCCCUCGGACCAUCUGCCCAACCUGUAUGGGUUUAGUGCGCUGCACGCGGUGCACCUGCACCAGUGGACGCUGGGCUACCCCGCCAUGCAUUUGCCCCGCUCCUCUUUCUCCAAAGUGCCAGGCGCCGUGUCCAGCUUGGUGGAUGCGCGCUUCCAGCUACCUGCCUUUCCCUGGUUCCCUCACGUCAUCCAACCCAAGCCCGAGAUCACUGCAGGAGGCAGCGGCCCCGCGGUGCUCAAGACCAAGCCACGCUUUGAUUUUGCCAACCUGGCCUUGGCCGCCACACAAGAAGAUCCAUCCAAGCUUGGCCGGGGGGACGGUCCUGGCUCCCCCACUGCUGGGCUGGGCGCUCUCCUGGAUGUGACCAAGCUCUCUCCAGAAAAGAAGCCCACAAGGGGACGCCUGCCAUCCAAGACCAAGAAGGAGUUCGUCUGCAAGUUCUGUGGCCGCCACUUCACUAAGUCUUACAACCUACUUAUCCACGAGCGGACGCACACGGAUGAACGACCCUACACCUGCGACAUCUGCCACAAAGCCUUCCGGAGGCAAGACCACCUACGGGACCACAGAUAUAUUCAUUCCAAAGAGAAGCCUUUCAAAUGUCAGGAGUGCGGGAAAGGAUUUUGCCAGUCCAGGACUCUGGCUGUCCACAAGACGCUACACUCACAGGUGAAGGAGCUCAAAACCGCCAAGAUCAAAUGCUAAAAGCAACCUCCGGGUCGCGAGGACGCUGGGUCACGCCGCCCCCUCCUCCAGAGGGACCAGAAGCCAAGGCGACUUUGGCGGGCAGCGGGAGGGGCUCCUGGGACCUUACCCCACCCCAAACUAUGUCCCCCGAGUCCCGGGCGCACGCGGAGAACUCCAGAGCCACGCCCCGGGCCACGACCCGGGCAGCCCCGGACGGCUCCCCCAGGACGCGGCUAAACUCUUGGCCAAAAGGCGGUACUCACGUGGCGGAAGGGAAACUGCAUUU